AGAAUGAACAUGUUGUGCAAAGGCCUGUAGAGGGAGGAUUUGUAUAAAUUAAGGCAAUCUCUACAUGGCCCAAAUUGCAAGGCAAAACUCAGUAAUAUUUGGCCCAUGUAGCCGGGUUCUUGCAUUUAGUCAGGAAUCUAGAUGAAAGGAGAUGAAUAUUUUGUUUAUGUAGUUAUAACUUAUUCUCUCUAGACAUUCUGAAAGAGUCCAUCUUCUUGCUGUAUGGCUCAUGUAUUUUGCUCUGAUUUCUUACCUGGACAGCUAAAUCAGAUUUGCACAGAAUAAUGUGUUUGACUUCAUUUCUCCCUCCCCCCUUUCCCACUCCCUCAUCCAUGAGAAAUGUUUUUGUCCUUAACUUGCUAUCUCACCUCUGCAGCAGCAAUACAGAGAGUGCCAGGAACUUUUGAGCCUUUAUCAGAAGUAUCUCUCGGAGCAGCAAGAAAAGCUCACCUACUCUCUUUCGGAGCUUGAGGCUGCCAAACAGAAGGAGCAGCAGAUGUCCAACCACAGAAGCCUUUGUCAACCUCUGUCAUCUUCGGAACUGGAUGGAUCCUACCUUAGCCUUGCCCGAUCACAGGCCUUAUACAAGAACAACAGAAUGGCACGUGGAAGUCCUACCCACAUGCCUGUGUCUCAGCCUUGCAGGAACAGUCAUGCUCAUCGAGCUGCAGCCCAGGGUCAUCGGCAAGAAGAUCGGAACGAGUUCAUGCUGGGCGAUGGGUUGCAUGGUAAGUGCAACAACGUGGUCUCGCCAACGAGGCAAAAGUCGCCUCCCCACAAGAAAGUAACUCCUGCCGCGGAGCAGAGGAGAAACAGCUGUCCCCUUCAGACUUGCUCUUUCCACCAGAAACCGGGUAGCUCGGAUCACGGCUCUUUCCAAGAGGGCUGCCACCUUCCAAAAAUGCACUCCGGGCCACAUUGUGAAUCCUUUGCGUGUUGCUUGUGCCCGUCGCAUACUCCUGGACUGAACGGCAGCACGGACCUGAGACCACAAGAAAUGGAGCGUGGUAAAAGGUUGUCGGAAGAAAGGAGAAAGCAGCUGCUGCUCCAGAAGAUGGAGCUGGAAAUCGAGAAGGAACGCCUUCAGAAUCUGUUAGCUAAGCAGGAGGCAAAACUGCUGCUUCAGCAACAGCAGCUCCACCAAUCCAGGCUUGACUACAAUCGGUUUAAGGGCCAGCCUCCUAAUUCGGAAGAACUGCUCAUUGAUGAAGUGCUGAUGAGACCAGGCGGCUUGGCCCCAGUGAUGAAUGGCACUUGUGGGGGCCUCAGUUCUCCGAAGCUCAGCUGUGAAGAUUGCCUUUCAAAAACGUCAGCUUCUGGGAGAGGCUGCAACACACCAGGAAGCAGCGGAGGGAAGAAAAGUGUUGGCUUCAGUGCCCAUGCAGACGGUGAAUGCUUUGGAGUGCACACAAAGAAGGAGACUAUCAGACCAAGAAGAGGGAUGAGUUCAGCCUCCCGGAAGGAUGCGGCUACAUCCCCCGGACUGACAGGCAGCAGAAAAGAGCUUGUAACUGCAGCCACCUCCCCAAUCCAGCAUGACACCUCACGGUACGAGUCCUCUCUCUUUGACCUGGUGGAAGCAAUGAGCCCAGGGCUUCAGCAUCACUACAGCGAAAGCCGCAACCAGAGCCAAGGGUUUGUGCCUCAAAGCAGGAGGUGGAGGAAGCCUGGAUGGAACCAGAGCCCAACUUGUGCCAUGAAUGGGACCAUGGCUGAGCUAGAGGAGAGCCGCAUUCUGGAGGAGAUCUUUUUCAUUUAAGGGGCCCAGCGGUUUUAGCCUUUCCUUCCGGGUGGACCCAAGGACCUGUCUUCCCUUUCUAACAUGGGCAUGUUUACACAUCGGGAUAUUGCUUUUAAAUUAUUUGAUUGACGAAUGAUUGUCUCCUUAACUCCCCCCACCCCUUAGAAAAAACUUAACACGAUAGUUCCCCUGUCCCAAUGUCCGAAUCAUGUCUAAAAAGCAUCCUUUCAAGCAGACUGACCGAAGUGUAAGCAGGACAUUUCUGGGCUCUUUCUCUGCACGGUUACAAGGUAAUAAUUUUUAAAGGAAAAGAAAUUCAUGCCAUUGUGGAAGGGAUUAGUAUUUCAUUAUUGAUUAAUUUUUUUAGCUGUGAAAACCAGUUUCCCAGAGCUUCAUUGCUUGCUCAUACACAAAAGCACAUUCCAACUUUUAUCAUUUUUUCCAAGUAGCCUGUUAAAAUUGAGGGUGCUACCUAUAUAUUUAGCUAAUGAAUUUCCAGCACCGUCUGUCAGAUUCUGUGUUGUGCCAUUUAACGGGGGUAGGGGUUGAAGAUGGGUAACCGGCAGCCUUCUCUUAACACUAAUGGACAUUUCUCAGUUAAUGAAUCUCUUACGAAAUAAGCCUCUCUCUCCGUUUUUCUUUAAGGGUGUAUUGGACAUAGAAUAUCUACUGAGAGAGCAUGCCCCUUACAGCUAAGCUGUGUGAACAAAAUCAGGCAUUUUGACAGCCUAACCUGCUAUUUUUCCCCCACUCCUCCAUGCUGAAAAGUGCUACAGGGUGAGACCAGCUCAUGGAGUGUUAUCUCUGAGGUCACCCCACCCCCCGUUUUUUUCUAGUUUUAACCCCCCUACCCAUUCCUGGGUGUUGUAAAUAAAGACAAAUCAGUAAUUCAUCCCAUUUGCCACAUGUGACGUGCAUUCUGGCUCUAAUAAUUUGUGCCAUAUCUUACUGCAUUUUGUUUUUAAAAUAUGCUACCCCCCCUGGAAAAGCUGCACGUUCAGUUAUUUAAAGAAAUGUGCGGGAUUAGUUGAAACGGCUGCGGAUUGCAGGAAUCAACAAUCACAUGCGGCGUUCGUAUUUUAGCAGAACAGAAGCCACAGGCAUGAAUUCAUGGAAGCCCGACUCUGAAACUCCCCUUUCUGCAGCUCAAAGGUGGAGCAAGAGGGAAAUGUGCACCUCCUUCUUGCAUGUGUUGAAGAGGGAGACGGACAGCUUUAGGCAGGGCGGACGUCAGUUCUGACAUGCUCCUUCUUUCCCUUCUUCCCCCGGCCUUUGCCUUCCUCUGUGCUUAUGUCCUCGAGGUGGGCUGGGAAGCUGCUGUUUUUCCCCCAAGUUUGCAGGAGGGUCCCUUAUCCAUUGCCUUAAUUCUGCAAGCGGAGGGACGUCUCAGCACCCCAUAUCAGAUCACAAGGUGACAUUCCCCAUGGGGAUUAGCACAGCUUCUAGGUUUUUUGGUGUGCUGCUUUUAGCAAAGUUGAAGGGAGCCUGAAGUUCUUCCACUGACCCAAGGAUCAGGUAUGCACUAUAGGAAGAAAUGAACAGGUCCAGUAGGAAACACUGAACUCUUUAAAAAUGCUGCAGAUUUAGGGCUUCCUCCAGUGUCGCAGUAAUGCGUGGAUCGUUUGAUUCCUUGAACGCUGGUCUUUAGCGUUCAGGAACGGGGCACCUUAUGGACUUUUUGCUGCUGUUUCUGCCCCAUCAUCACGGCCUCUAGUUUCACUAGGCAAGAUGGUCUUUAGGGCUGCAUAUCGCUGCCCUCCAGCUCAGAUCAUGACCUUUUUAUUAUAUUUCUGUCAUCUGAGCACAGCGAUUCAUAUUAACAUAGGAGCUACCCAAAAACAGGAGAAUGAAUGCAACAUAAAAUAACAGGAUUUCUUCCUAAGCUCUCUCUCCCCCCUCUCCUUUUUAGACAGUCCCUCUUCAGGAAUGAAUCCAAUAGUUUUCCCUUUUAGUUUCUAGCCUUCUCUUGUUUGCCUGGUUGCCCCUCUGCUCGCCCUUUUAAGAUACCACUAGCAACCUUAAGCGGUGCCUUCAGAUUUGCAUUCCAGAGCUCUCUGUCAGAGUGAUUUUUUUGUCUCCAGUUCUUAGCCAGUGCCAAUAUUUAACCUCUUUUAAUAUUGAAUCUAGGAUUUUCGAUAAAGCUCUUGAUAAACAGGUCGGAUUAAUGCUGUUGAUUUUUGUGUCAAAUUGUACCUUGGUCAUCAAUGUCUUUUGAAAGGACCAUUGUCAAGGGUUCAACUUCAAACUCUUAUCCAUAAUGGCUAAAAUUCAUCCAUAGGAAAAAAAAACCUGUCUCUGAGGCACUUUAUAAAAAAAUAUUUUAAAAAAAGGAAUAGGAGGGUCCAAGAGGGUUGGUUGCACAGUUGGGCCAAGCGCUCCAAAUUGUUGAAAAGUUCAGUUAAGGUGGCUGCCAUUUUAGUGUACAGAUGGCAGCUCGUGGGAUUCAGUGGAGACGCUGCAUCAAUGCUUGCCUUUGUGCACAUGUGAGCAGCAUCAACCGGGAACGUUGUACAUUGUCCAAUCAAUCUGCAUAGCCUGCAUAAGUGAGGAUACCCACCAAGAUGUCAGUUGGUGAAUGUGGCUAAGCAAGGAAAAAUGCAUGAAGGCUGGGCAAGGUGAGAUGUUUUGUCUGCACAUUUCCCAGCAUAAUUUGGAGACUCUGCACAUUGACAGCGCAAUAAGGAAAAUGCCCCAUUCAGGCGCCGUAGUGUCUGCACGUUCACUACGCUGACUGCUUCACAUCCUCUGCUCAACUUGCAAUCCUUUCUGGAAGCCAAAGGCAUUUUGUCACAAGACUUUAUAAAGCCGAAAUUAUUAAAAAUAUUUACAGCUUCAGAGGAAAAGCUGGAGGGGGGAGAUCAGUGGCUGUCAAAGACCAAAAUCAGUGGUUGUGGGUGGAAACUGUUUUUUUCUGUCUGCUCAAGCAAUAGAAGAGAAUCAAAACUUAAACUAGCCCAGGAUGUAUCAUAGUGCUGCAUAGCUGUCAACUUUUCCCUUUUCUUGCGAGGAAUCCUAUUCGGAAUAAGGGAAUUUCCCUUAAAAAAAGGGAAACGUUGACAGCUAUGUGCUGUCCCUGUGCAGUUUAGUUCCUGUAGCUGAAAGCACCAACCAGAGACAGCAAAGUGCAAGGGGAAGGACUCUGUCCAAGAUUUACUCCACGUAAACCUUGCUGGGUGGAAUCGGAAUGGUCCUGGAGCAGCUGUUCUUGCGCUGUCCGGCUCUUCAUGCGUUGAGUCUUGCUUCUGCCACAAUGGCCUGUUGUUGUUGUUGUUGUCUUUGUCUCCCCCCCAACACACAUGUGCACUUUGUAAGAAACGGAUCUGUAAAAACAAUCACCCCCCCCACCCUCCAAAAUACUUCUUGGGUUAUGUUUGGUAAGUACUACCUGAAACUUGAUUGGAUCUUUAAAAAUAAACACAUGCAAUGUUUUAAUUUAAUAAAUUAUCAAGGUGGAUUUCCCCCUUU